AUGUAUAAUUCUUCUCCCAAUGGCAAUCAGGAUGAUAUCGAUUUAACUAUGAUAAAUCCUUCAUUUUCGAAUGAUCAUAAUGAUGCACCUAUAAGUGCUCGUAUACCUGUUGUAAUACAUUCACAACAAGUUAAUGAAUCAUCGAAAAGAACUCAACCAAUAACAUCGAAUCUUGUUUUUGAUCAAAAUAAUCAAACGAACUCUAGUGGUAAAGGCGAUCAAAUAUUUGUUGAACAUUAUUCAGACGGAUCAACUAACCAACUUGAACAAAUUUUAAGUUAUUAUCGACAAGACCUUAAACAAAGAAUGAAUACACAAUUCGAUUGUGAUCGUAAAUUAAUAACACGUCUUGUUGAUUUAAUUCGACCAGUAUAUUCUUUAAAUCAAAAAAAUAUGAAAGACUUAGAUAUAUUAUUUAACGAAAUAUUAGACUUACAUGAUAAAAGAUUUAUUGAACAAAAAGAAAAAAAUGAACAAGUUCAGAAAGAAAAUUCACAUUUGAAAAACUUAAUAGUAACAUCAGCAAAUGAAGAUAAUACUCAAAGAAAAAUUUCGCAAAUAAGUAAGAUAAUUUGUAAAAGAACAAAUUAUUUAAUUGAUCAGAAAUUUAGAUUCAAUAGUUGA